AUGUCGACGCUAAAGUUGUUUAUAUUGAGGCAUGGGCAGAGUGAUUUGAACCAUGAGAAUAUCUUUUGUGGGUGGAUUGAUGCUAAAUUGACCGAUAAAGGGCGUUCCCAGGCCAAGAAUGCUGGUCAAUUGAUUGCUCAGCAUUGUAAGAGCAAUGGUAUUACGUUGCCUCAGAUCGGUUUUACUUCCAGACUGCUCAGAACCGAGCAAACUAUGGAUGUUAUCCUCAAUGAGCUGCAAUUGGGGAAGAAAGACGAGGUAAGUGGUCAAUUCAAUAAUCCCGUGUUUGUGGUAUUUGACUAUAUCUAUACAUUGGCUGAGAUAAGAAGCUAUCUGUUGAGUGAGAAGGAAGAGAACCCUAUAAGUAAUGAAAUCCCUGUAUUGAGGACAUGGAGGCUCAAUGAAAGACACUACGGUGCUUGGCAGGGGCAAAGAAAGCCAAAAGUCUUGAAAGAAUAUGGUGAAGAACAGUACAUGUACAUUCGAAGAGACUAUAACGGCAGGCCACCAGAAGUUGAUCUCGAGAAAGAGAUGAUUCAGAAACAUGACUUAGGUGCUGCCACUGGUUAUGAGUUCAAAGAACCCAACAGGUCAUUGAAAUACGAGUUAGAAGAACUAAACCAGAAUAUUAAGCUACCGUACUCAGAGUCCCUUUCUGAUGUGGUGGCUAGAUUAGAACCUUUCCUUGACGAGAUUAUCUUGAAAGUGGCUAAAGAAUUUGAUCUUGACUCCUGUCUAAUUGUUGGUCACGGUAGCUCUGUUAGAUCCCUGUUGAAAAUUCUCGAAGGUGUUUCUGAUGAAGAUAUCAAAGGAGUUGACAUUCCAAAUGGUAUUCCAUUGGUUAUAGAAUUGGACAAGACGAACAACUUCAAGUUUUUAAGAAAAUACUACCUGGACCCUGAGCUUGCUAAGAUCAAUGCUGAAAAAGUGCGUAAGGAAGGUUUUGAAGAAAACCCUUAG